AUGAAGUAUCUUGAGUCAUGUGUGAAGACAAGGUACAUUCUCAGAGGUCAAUUGGCAAAAAUUGCACCGUUGGCAAAUGUCAAUAUCCGAGUCAACAUACCUACAGCUAAAGGUUCUUCACAUGACGACUAUGUUGUUGACAAAGACUUACCAUGGUUGAAGAUUGUAAUUGUCCACAACCACUUCAUGUUGAACGAAAGUCUUACAAACCCAUUCUUUGGUAAAAGUAAGUGCAACAUUGUCAGAACUGUAAACAUUCUUUUCGAGAAAGGUUUGUUGGAACCAAUUCCAGAUGACAAGCUGACAGAAACUUUUGUACCAAAAGACGAAACAAACUUUUCAUUGUUAGCAAGACCAAAAGUUGUUCCAGACAAAGUUCUAGUACAAAAGAAGUACACAGUUCCACAAGGGGUUGGUAUGUUCGGAUACCAACCUGAACCAGAAGAACUUCCAAUGAGGUUGCAAGAACUUCAAGAUGCUAUAAAUAAACUUCCAUUGAGACAUCCAAUUGACGUCAAAUUGUAUUGGAGAGCAUCUGAGUUAGGUCAGAAGGUUUUAUAUGAAACAGGUUGCUUCGACGAUGUUUAUGAGAUAACAGGAGAAGUUUCUCAGAAGAUAAGAGACUCACUUGAAUUUCCACAAACUGGACCAAUUGGUUGCGACAAGUUCGACUCAGAUGAAAAGAUAUACUAUGUCGACCUUAACGCUGCAUACAUGAGGUUUGUCCAAUAUAUUCCGACUGGAAUUCCAAACGAAGAUGGUGAGUUCCCGGGAAGGAACUAUACAGUUGGAAAAGUCAUACAACAACUGUAUGAUAUUAGGAAAGCUUCAAACCCCAAACUUGCAAUGACACUCAAAUUGCUUAUGAAUUCGACAUGGGGAUAUUCCAUUAAGAAACCUCAAGA